GAAUGUCUCAAUAUAAAAUUGCCAAUUCUUUUGAACCACCCCUUCCACAUACAACUGUUCAAAGUAUUAUUAAGAAGUAUAAUGCAACUGGAACAGUUGAAAAUCAACCAAGAUCUGGUCGUCAAGAAAUUCUUAAUAAUCAAGACAAAGAAAAAAUUCAAAAUAAAGUAUUAAAGAAUUCUCAAUCAAGAAGUCUUACUUUAAAAAAAAUUAUAGAAUCUCUUAAUUUAAAUGUCUAUGACAAAGUUAUCUGUAAAGCAAUGAAAGAUAUGGGAAUUAAUUCUUAUCAUGCCAUAUUCAAGCCAUAUGUUAAUCCUGUUAAUAUAGCCAAAAGAGUAACAUGGUGCAACGAACAUUUGAAUUGA